CUGUACGUAGUCUAGGCCCAUAUGUUUUCCACGUCGCAUGUCCACUUGUUCGGGGGGCAUUCUGACUGAGUGGUGGAGAGGCAUACUGUUAUCGGUAGCCACGUUCUUCGUAAGUCUCCGAGGUUCCAAGUGAACUGUACAAUCGGUAGCUACCAGCACAAUGCCCAUCCGAACAGCAAUAAUCGGCGGUGGCCUCUCCGCGCGGGUGUUUCACGCUCCGUUUGUGUCAUUCAAUCCUCGGUUCAAGUUGACGUGCUUCGUCAGGACGAAACAAGAAGUUGUUGAUGGGUUCGAAUCGAUCCCUGUGGAGACCUCGAUAGAGAAUGUCUUGCAAAGACAGGACAUAGAUGCAGUCAUCAUCACCUCCCCUACGAGUCUGCACUAUGACCACGUGGCGUCGGCUCUGAAUGCCGGAAAGCACGUGGUUGUUGAGAAACCCUUUGCCCCCACUAGUCGGGAGGCCGAGACUCUCGUGGCCUUGGCCGAGGAUAAAGGCUUGGUCCUUGCGGUGUAUCAGAAUCGGCGCUGGGAUGGAGACUUCUUAACCGUCUCGAAACUAAUCUCUGAGGCCGGAGGACUUGGCCGGGUGGUGGAAUUGGAAAGCAGAUUCGAGCGUUAUCGUUACUCCGUAAGAAAAGGAGCUUGGCGGGAGAUGGACUUACCUGGCAGCGGCCUCCUUUACGACUUAGGAUCACACCUGAUCGACCAGGCUUUUACUCUGUUUGGCCAGCCGCAUUCCAUUACCGCCUUCGUGCAAAACCUUCGACAACUGUCUGCGCCCACGGAUGAUGCAUUCACAAUCAACCUUCACUACACAACUCCCCAUCCCAAGUUAGUCACUUUGAAAGCGACAAUGCUGGCUAAACGGCCGGGAACGAGGUUUACAGUUCAUUUCACGGGUGGUUCCUAUGUCAAGUACGGUCUGGAUCCGCAGGAGGAGCAGUCCCGAGCUGGUCUUUCCGUCAUGGAUCCGAAAUUCGGCGUGGAGUCGCCGGAAAAGUACGGCACUCUUUGGAGAGCAGAUGAUUCUGGUGACGGGGGACAGGCGGUUCCCACAUUGAGAGGAACAUACGGAGCGUUCUAUGAAAACGUGGCCGAUGCGAUUGAGGGAGGUGGAAGUGCGGCGUUAAAAGUUCAACCAAAGGAGGCAGCCAAUGUGAUCCGCUUGAUUGAGAUUGCCAUUAGGAGUUCGAAGGAAGGAAGAACAAUCGUAGUUUGAACUUCUCGAUAGCCUUGCUAGGCUAUCCAAUGUACAUUUACAUCACUGUUUUC